AUGCCCUCCAGUUAUGAUGAGGAUGAGCUUAUGCCUGAGGAAGAUGAGGAAGGGGUUGUGGAUUUUGACUCGGCCGGAAAACCUGUUCUUCCAGUCUGCUCUACAUCCCCCGGGCAUUCAGGGCAAACUUUUCCUCCCUCCUGUUCACUUGGUUCUCCUUGGUCAACUGACUCGACCGACCAGGGUCCUUUUGGACGCAAUUAUAUUUCGGUCCCAGUUACCGGCGCUUCGAAAGUCCCACAGACCUUGGAUUCAGGGCUUAUGCCUUCUGAACCCAGCCAAAUUGCAGCUGCGAACCAAGUGGGACAAGUUAGCAGUCGGCUGGUGCACACUUCCCAAGGGCGUCGCUUCCUCUUAGUUACCAAUACCACCUCUGCACCCAUAGGGCAUUUAAGCAGUCAUGAGACUAACAAAAGGGAUGGGCAACGUCUCAAGAUGCGCCCAAAUAACGAAUUGGCAUGGACAUCACUUGAAAUCGAGGAACGAGGUAAAUAUCCUUCGCUGAUCGCAGACCCCUCUUGCGACCAUCGAAACGCUUCGCAGCAGCUGACUCAUUUAUCUUCGAGUCAUACUUUGGAUCUAGUAGGCGAACUUGAAAGUGACUGUCGGCUGAAAUCCCCGCUAGUUACAGCGUCAGCGAACUGUCCCGGUGAAUCAAAAAGGCCUUUUUGCUCUGCAAGCUGCUCUUCGAGUUACCUAGGCGAAGAAAUCAAUAAAAGCAAACUCGCCAGGUACAGUGAGGAUGUCACUGGUACAUUGCUGACAUCUAAGGAAGUUGUUGGUACAGAAAACAUCGCAAUUAAAGGGGACAGUGCUCGCACUGCCUUAGUACGUCCUGCCGGUAUUUCGCGCCUUGCAGCUCUAGCUAGCGUUGCUACUGGUUACGCCUGGAUGUCCUCUGGCAACGUUAAACUGGUAUGCCUUGUCUAA